UCAACUCAACAUUCAGGUAUAUUGACGACGUAUUAGUAUUAUCAAUUAAUAAUUGUUACCUCAAUACCUACGUUAACUCGUUGUAUAGGCCUUAUUAGCCGCCUUUUGUUUUUAAAAUUUGACCCUUAACCCCGCGCAUGCGCGAUGCGCGUAGGGCAGACCCACAGCCAUUAUCGGAAGAAGUCAAGUGAAUCGCAGCGUGAAAUUAAUCGGAUUAGGCCGUUACAAUGAGCUUGUAUUACAAGUCGUUGCCGGAGGCACCUCAGCGGGAGUACAAGGAGAAAUUAUUGAGGCUUGGGAUCAAGGAUCUGUGUUUUGAUCCGUUCAAAGACGGUGAAACUUGGGAGGACAAUGUAACAAAAUGGCCGGACGUUCAGUUUGGGGAAAUUUACUGUUACCUUGUAGACACUCCAGGACAAUUUACCCGAGAGACAUUGAAAGCUUACCGUUCUUUGGAGGCCUACAACUUUUUUCACAGUGGGUGGGUUCACACCGUGUUGAGUUCAACUUUGGGAAGUGACAAGUGCUUUUUGAAGGCCAAGGUCAACAGAUCGCAAGCCCUGUCCGAGAAACCUCACGAAGCAUGGGUGUGCGUGGACACAGACUGCACCAUUCUAAACGCACACUGCACAUACAUGGCUGGAUUGGGCGAGGUAUGUUCACAUGUUGCUGCCAUCCUCUUCAAGAUCGAAGCAAGCGUUCGACUGGGUUACAACAAGGUAGCUUGUACUUCAAUGCCUUGCUUAUGGAACCAGAACUUUACAAAGAAGAUAAAUUUAAACUGGUAGAGGCAGUCCAGUUAUCACAAAUCAACUUUGAUAAACCAAAACAGGACAACUUUCACGAACCUUUCAAUGCAGCUCCACAACAAGCAGACCCAGUGUUUGACAACACCGCAUCUUUUCUGCAGAACUGAGGAAUUCCAACCCAUCCGCAGUCAUCUUCACUGUUACAAAUCCACGGCCUAAUCCAACUCUAGCUAAACCGUCACUACCAACAGUGUUUUCCUCCUUCUUUGAUCCGUUAAAUGCCAGGCUUUCAGAGACUGAACUUCAAACAAAGUGUGAGGAGAUUCUCAGAACGAUCACUGUCAGCCAUGAGGAAUCACAAAACGUUGAGAAGCUGACCAGAGAGCAAAGUUUGUGUACUCAGUGGUUCCAGUUCCGAGAAGGCAGACUUACAACUUCCAAGUUCUAUGACAUUUGCCACACAAAUAUACAGAGACCAAGUGUUUCCCUCAUCAAAGGAAUAAUGCACUAUGUACCAAACAUCGAGACACCAGCAAUCAAGUGGGGGAAGACGAAAGAGGAAGUGGCCCUGAAUGAGUACGCAGAGAUGAUGAAGAUACACCAUCCAUCAUUUUCAGCGAGACGUAGUGGUCUGAUGCUCAACCCAAAUUACCCUACUCUUGGGGCCAGCCCAGAUGCAGUGAUUGACUGUAUGUGUUGCGGUAAAGGACUGGUGGAGAUCAAGUGUCCAUUCAAGAUAAGAGACACUAAUCCAUGUGAAGUGAACACCCCGAAUUUUUAUCUGAGACCUCAUGCCCAAACUGAGAGAGGACAGCCUUGUACCAACAUGCUACCAAGUGCUUCAAGACACUUUUACCAAGUACAUGGACAAAUGGCAGUGUGUGAUGUGGAUUACUGUGAUUUUGUGUGUUGGACCACUCGUGGACAACAUGUUGAGCGCAUUCACCGUGAUCCACAUUUCUUCAAUGAGAAAGUGCUGCCAUCGUUGAACAGAUUCUUCCUGAAAGCAAUGUGCUUCCAGAAAUUCUUACUCAAAGACUUCUUGAUGCCAACAACAAUGUUCAGCACACCGAGUGUAUAUACAUGAUAGAAUGUGAAUCUGGACAUUGUAAAGUUGGCUGGUAUCAUUUCAAAUGUGUGGGACUAAAAUCCGCCCCCAAGGGUUCAUGGACUUGCCUACCUUGCAGAAGAAUGCCCCCCUCCAAGAAAAACAAACAGUGACUAAACAAUUAUAAACUCUGAUGAUGUCCACAUUUUGAUAUACUUUUUAAUGAAUGACUGCAAAUUUGAUAAAGAACUGUGCAUAAGUAUGCCUUGUGUGGAUUUGCAUUUUUUCAUAAAGAUUUAUAUAUGCUGUGAACAAAUUGACAAUGACUUUAAAUCUAUUGUGAUCUUUGAUUAUGAACUACCUAGAUUUAAGUUUGUGUUUAAUUUUUUUGAAAGCUGGCCCCUCAAUACGGAGCACUAGUAUUUUUUUUUAUUACAUCUACAUGUGUUUGGAUGUCCACUAUAUCUGUUGUAGUCUGUUUUCACUCAUUUUUAAUGCCUUAUCAUUUCAUCUUUGUCAUGUUUAAUAAAAUAUUUCUGACAAAUUG